AUGGGGAUGAAUUUUUCAUUGCUACAAGGUUUUAAGCUGGAUUUGAAACAAACUUUGCUAAAUAAUGAUUUCAAACGUCCAUGGCAAUCUUCAGUUCCUGUUUUAGUCGAUUCUAUCGUCAAAGAAAUUGCAUUUCCAAGCGAUGAAGAAGAUGAAGGAAUUGUUCUGAUUGCUUGGAGAGGGCCAAAUGUUAAUGAUGGAAAGCAUGGUCCUCUACUCUACUACUUGGAGGAUUUCAACAAUGGCUUUAUUGCUGAUGAGGAUGAGUUUUUCAUUGCUCAUUUUUCAUUUUUUCAUGGCACUCGAAAGAUGUCAAUUAUACAAAAUUCGUCUUAG